UCUCACCAUAACUCUAAGUGUCCAGUGAAGUGUUGGUCAAACCCAGUAGGUAGCCCGAACACCACACAGCUUCAUUUCGAAUCGAGACAGUGCGUCGCAAUUUUUUAAGAAUUGCAGAAUGAGGGUUGUACUAGGGUUACUCUUAGCAGCCACAGCGCUGGCAUAUCCGUUGGGCGAAAGCGAGGAGCCGCUAGUUAUUUCCGAUUCCUAUUCGUCCGUCUCAAAGGCCGACGAAAAGUCCCUCCUUCAACAAGACCUCUCCUCGGACAGUUCCAGCACGAGUUCCGAAGAAUCUGCCGAGAAGACGUCUGGAGAAGAGGGUCAGUCUGGCGAGCCCUCGUCUUCGGGCAACGCCGGCGAAGCCUCCAAAUCUCAGCAGCCCGGUGGCGCUGCUGAUCCCAAGGAAAUUGAGGCGGCACAACCCAGCGUACCCGCUGAACCUCAGCAACCAGCCGAAAUUGAACCGGCGCAGUUGCAACCAGAACCUGCACCGCCGGGCAAGCCUGCCGAACCUAUUCAACCAGAACCAGCAGAACCUGCACCAGCAGGCGAGCCUGCCGAACCCGUUCAACCAGAACCGGCACAACCCGCCCAGCCAGGCAAACCUGCUGAGCCUCUGCAACCUGCGCUGCCUUCUGAACCUUUACAACCCGAACCAGCACAACCAGUUCAACUUGCUGAACCUGUGCAACCCGAACCAGCGCUACCAGCUGAACCUUUGCAAAUCGAAUUAGCGCUACCAGCGAAACCUGCUGAACCUGUGCAACCAAUACCAGCGAAACCUGCGGAACCUUUGCAAUCCGAAUUAGCGCCACCGGCGACACCUGCCGAACCUGUGCAACCAAUACCAGCGCUACCAGCGAAACCUGCUGAACCUUUGCAGCCCGAGCCAGCACAACCAAUUCAACCAGCUGAACCUUUGCAACCCAAACCAGCGCUACCAGCUGAACCUCUGCAACCAGAACCAGUGCUACUAGCGAAAUCUGCUGAACCUGUGCAACCCGAACCAGUGCUACCGGCGAAACCUGCUGAACCUUUACAACCCGAACCAGUGCUACCUGCUGAACCUGUGCAACCAGUACCAGCGCUACCAGCGAAACCUGCUGAACCUGUGCAACCAAUACCAGCGUUACCAGCGAAACCUGCUGAACCUUUGCAACCCGAACCAGCGCUACCAGCGAAACCUGCUGCACCUUUGCAACCCGAACCAGCGCUACCAGCGAAACCUGCUGCACCUUUGCAACCCGAACCAGCGAAACCUGUGCAACCCGAACCAACACAACCGGAACCAAUAAUAAAAGUAACAGAAAUUUUCGUACCCCCGCCCGAACCACAACCCCAAGAAACUUCGACCGAACAAGAACAGAAACAACCGGAAACCACGCCCACGCCGUCGUUGAAAAUCGAAAUACCACAGAUUAAAUCGUUGCCCGUGGAAGUCGAACCGAAACCGGUGGUAAAACAACCUCAACAGGUUCAAGUAGAGCAAGUGAUAGUGAAAACGUUGCCCCAGGAAAGCGUGGAAGAAGAGAAACCUUUGGCGCUGCCGUCUUUGACGGCAAAGCUCGAACAACCCAAGCCCGCAGCCGUCGAGAUCAAGGAGGAAGUCGCUCUGCAAAGCGAGCAGAAAAUCGAGGCGGCACCGGCGGCGGAAGAAGCCCUUCCGGAAAUCAAGCUGACGCUGGAACAAACAAUCGUGCAAGUACCGUCCGAAAAAAGGGCGAAGGCGGAGGACAUAUUGCCGGUUGUAGUGGAGAUUCCGCAGGAACAGCCGGAGCAGACGACCCAGCAGGAGCAGGUGCCGCUCGAUCAACAGGCAGUCGAAGUCAAACUGGAGCUGCAAAGCGAGGAGAUCACGACGCAAGAAGCGAAACCUCAAGAGCUGGAAGCUUCGAAACCCGAGGAACUCGUACUAACUACGGAGCAACCGAAACUAGAAGAAAACCCGACACAAUGCGCGCCGAGCUCUUGAACGGAAAAGCGACGACGAUAGUAAAAAAAAAACGACUGAUUCUCGAGGACCGCUUGCCCCUUUGUUCCGAAACCCGAACUUAAUUAUUUUUUUUUAUUGUAACUUUUCCAGAACGGUUGGGUUAACCGGGCCUCGUACGAGAACCUAUUAGUUUUAUUUAUGUGCUCAAUAAUUUAGGCGACACGAUCACUUUUUGUUUUUCUUCCUUUCGCGUGUAAAAAUCUCUCGUUUUUUGUUUUUAUUUUUUAAUUUUUAUUGUUUUCGCGCCUCCCCCCCCGCGCGAGUACGGGGCGAAGAAUACAAACGUUCGAAACAAGAUGAGAGGGUCAUUAUGGCGGAGUCCAUGGAUAUUAAUUUUAUUUUAUAUUACGAUACGCGUGUUUAAAGCUUUCAAUAAAGUUUUAUACGUA